AUGGGGAAGUUCGCAGGUGAUGUUGUGAGAGUCGCCGCUGUCACGUUGUUGAUCGCUGUGGUGGUUGCGUGCGUGACGGAAGCGAGACGCCUUGAAAAAGAAGCCAUUGUCGUGGGGAAGAAUCGCAGGCAAGGGGAUGUGGUAGUAUGUGACGCCUUGGAAGGUGGGCAAGUUCGUAAGGGUAGUAGCACAGCCGGUUGCUAUGGUGGUGGCGGAGGAGGGCGAGGUAAAGGGGGAGGUGGCGGUGGGUUUGGUGGUGGAGGCGGUGUAGGAGGUGGAGUUGGUGGAGGUAUUGGUGGUGGUGCUGGAGGUGGUGCUGGCGGCGGCGGCGGAGGUGUUGGCGGGGGCGCCAGAGGUGGGGUAGGUGGAGGUGGUGGUGCAGGUAAAGGUGGGGGUGGAGGUGGCGGUGCAGGAGGUGGAGGCGGUAAAGGAGGAGGAGCUGGUGGAGGUAUUGGAGGUGGCGUUGGAGGAGGUGUAGGUGGAGGUGUAGGUGGAGGAGGUGGUGGUGGAGGAAGUGGAGGUGGUGGUGCAGGAGGGGGAAUUGGUGGCGGCGUUGGAGGAGGUGUUGGAGGUGGCAUUGGUGGCGGCGUAGGUGGAGGUGCUGGAGGAGGUGGUGGUGGAGGUGGUAAAGGUGGCGGCAGCGGUAAAGGUGGAGGUGCUGGAGGAGGCGGCGGUGGAGGUGGUAAAGGUGGUGGUGGAGGAAGUGGAGGUGGUGGUGCAGGAGGGGGAAUUGGUGGCGGUGUUGGAGGAGGUGCUGGAGGAGGUGGUGGUGGAGGUGGUAAAGGUGGCGGCAGCGGUAAAGGUGGAGGUACUGGAGGAGGUGGCGGUGGAGGUGGUAAAGGUGGUGGUGGAGGAAGUGGAGGUGGUGGUGCAGGAGGGGGAAUUGGUGGUGGCGUUGGAGGAGGUGUUGGAGGUGGCGUUGGAGGCGGCGUAGGUGGAGGUGCUGGAGGAGGUGGUGGCAGCGGAAAAGGUGGAGGUGCUGGCGGCAGCGGAGGUGGUAAAGGUGGUGGUGCAGGAGGUGGAGUUGGUGGUGGAGUCGGAGGUGGCGUUGGAGGAGGUAUUGGAGGCGGCAUUGGCGGUGGUGUAGGCGGAGGUGUUGGUGGUGGUGUGGAGGCGGUGGUGGAGGUAGAGGUGGAGGUGGAGGCGGUGGUGGAGGCGGUGGAAGAGGUGGGGGAGGUAGAGGCGGUGGUAGAGGAGGGAGAGGUCCACCGUGAUGUCAUUGGCGUGGAGGCAGGGGCGUGGGUGGAAUAA